AUGAAUUAUUUACGGGAUUUAUGGUCCUCUCUGAGUGAGCAGACUUCAACGACAACAACACCUUCAUCGUCAUCAUCAAGUGAUACAUCUUUAAAUAAUAAUUCGACUGGUAGUAGCGGUUCACCAGCUGGAGUUUUAUUUAAUAAUAAUGGAAAUACGGAAUUAAUAUUGGCAACAGGAAGCUCUUCAUCUGGUGGUGGAGGCUCUUCUGGUUUGUCGAGGCUGAUAUUUUCUCUUUCUGAAACUGGAUUGACUUUACUAUUAACCUUCUUAUCGAUAAAGUAUUUGUUCAUGCCACUCUUAUCAAAUUUGCUGAAUACUAACAACAAACAAACAGGUACAAAUUUACUGCCGAGAAAAAAGAGAAAAAUUGGAGAAUUAAUUCAUAAGUGUUUACAUUUAGAAAAUCCGAGAAAGGAUGAUGACAGCUAUUACAUUUCUUUAUAUGAAAGAUAUUUGAAUAAGUAUGAAAAAAUUGUAGCUGACUUUUUAGUUUUACCUGAAGAUUUGGAUAAUAAUUUUGAUGAUAUUGGAGGAAUGGAUAAAUUAAAGAAGGAGAUUUAUGAAUCUGUUUGUUUCCCACUUAAAUAUCCACACAUUUAUGAAGGAAAUAGCUCUGAUUCAACAAGUAUUAAACUCAGAAUGCUUCCAAAAGGAGUUCUGUUUUAUGGCCCUCCUGGAACUGGUAAAACAAGUUUGGCUAAAGCUAUUGCAAAGGAAUGUAAUUGUGCCUUCUUAAAUGUUAAAAGAGAAUUCUUAUCUGAUUUCCUUUAUGGAGAAACUGAGAAAUUAGUUGGAGCUCUCUUCAGUUUUGCCACCAAAGUCAAGCCAUGUAUUAUUUUCAUUGAUGAAAUUGAAAGUUUAUUACCUUCAAGACAAGCCAGUUAUCAAAUGCAUGAAGUAUCAAAGGCAAGAAUUAGUAUUAUUCUUUCAGCAUGGGAUGGUUUUGAAACUACAUCUGAUGGUGAUCAAGUUAUGGUAAUUGGCGCAACCAAUUUGAGAUCUCAAUUGGAUACAGCUGCUUUGAGAAGAAUGCCUUUACAAUUCAAGAUAGAUGCCCCUGAUCGUAAUAGCAGAAUUCAAAUCUUGAAAUUGCUCCUCAAGAAUGAAAGAGUUUCUCCAACUGUCAGCUUUGAAAAGCUUGCUGAUGCUACUCAAUUCUUCAGUGGAAGUGACUUGACAGAAUUGUGUAAGAAAGCUUUAUCCUUCCCUAUUAAGGAAUUAAUUGACAGAGAAAUCAAAUCCAAAACAUCUAUGGCUAAUAUUAUGCCAAGAGAAUUAAUGUUUGAUGAUUUUAUGAAGGCAAGGCAAUUCGUCAAUCCAAGUUGUCUUGAAGAGUUUGAAAUUCCUAUGGACACAGAUAGAAUUAUAGUUGAUUAA